AUGACGGAUCCAAGCAUUGAUGCAGAAAAGAACACGGAGCGGGAGAAUCAUGCCAUCACAAAUACUGAUGUGGAGCGGAACCUGCAGACAUGGCCCAGCGCGCGCGACGUUGAAAUACAAGAAGCCACCCUGAGCGCCGAAGCUGGGAACCAAGCAGCGCAACACAUGCACGACAAGCCACAUCAACCUGCUCUCGCACGAAUGCUCUCGCGCCGCUCAGCAACAUCAUUCGAUCCAGGUCCAGCUCCUGAUGGCGGCCUCACAGCUUGGACUCAGGUUCUCUGCACACAUCUGACCAUCCUGACCACCUUUGGUUUUUUUACAUCAUUCGGCGUAUACCAAACGUACUACGAGAACACCCUCGGUAUCUCGCCCUCGACAAUAUCAUGGAUUGGAUCCCUCCAGGUCUUCCUGCUCUUCUUUCUUGGUACUUUCACAGGCCGUGCUACGGAUGCUGGACUCUUUCGCCCUGUCUACAUCGCUGGCGCGUGCUUCCAGCUACUUGGUAUCUUUACAUUGGCUGAGAGCAAAACUGUGUGGCACGUCUUCCUGUCGCAGGGUGUAUGUCUAGGCAUUGCGAACGGGCUGCAGUUCUGCCCUUCGAUGGCUCUGGUAUCCACCUACUUUGUCAAACGUCGUGCCUUCGCGCUGGGCUUCACUGCACUGGGAUCCUGCACUGGGGGUGUCAUCUUUCCAGUCAUCGUGCAACAGUGUCUGCCUAGCUUAGGCUUUCCAUGGACGAUACGUAUCAUCGGCUUCAUCAUGUUGCUCAUGAACGUUAUCACCAUUGCGUUGUAUCGCACACGACUUCCACCUAGGAAAACCGGUCCGUUGGUCGAUUGGGGAAGCUUCAAGGAACUGCCCUACGCGCUGUAUUGCGCUGGCGCCUUUUUCAGUUUCUGGGGCUUGUAUUUUGCUUUCUUCUACAUUGGGAGCUACGCGCGGAAUGUCCUUGGUGCCACUUACCAGCAAAGUAUCAACCUGCUUCUAGUGCAGGUCUGCAUGGGUUUUGUCUUUCGCCUGCUACCUACCUACUAUGCUGACAAAAUCGGGGGCCUCAACGUUCUCAUACCUUUCGCUUUCAUCUGCGGUGUUAUGAUGUUCGCAUGGAUUGGGAUCAAAUCCACUGCUACCUUGUAUGUAUUUGCUGUCAUAUAUGGAAGUGGGAGCGCUGUUAUCCAGGCGCUUUGGCCGGCGGUAAUCGGCAGUAUGAGCCGUGAGAAAGACCUGAAGAAAUCGGGUGUGAGGAUGGGCAUGGCGUUCACCGUCGUGAGCAUAUCAAGUUUCACAGGUCCACCGCUAGCUGGUGCACUCAUUCAGAGUCACAACGGUAGCUACACAUAUGCGAAUAUCUGGGCGGGUAUGUCGUUCUUUGUUGGAGGAUGUCUAUUAGUUGCUACUAGGGUAUCUCUGGUGGGCUGGAACUGGAAGGCAAAAGUCUAG